UUAAAGUCUGUUAUGAUUUUUACUUAAUAAACUCCAAACUUUAGAGAGUCGUGGAGCCCUUAUUUUUAGUUUUGUUCGACUGUAUCCUUUGAAGAAAGCUACCGCGUUAGCUAUGAUCAAUCGAAUGACUAAUGAUUAUAUUGCCACUUAUGGAAAGCCGCAGGUUGUAGUGUCAGAUCAAGCAAAACAAUUUGGCAGCCGAAUUUGGCAAUCACGUUUGAUUGAGUUAGGCAUUUCACCAACCCACACAAGUGUGUAUCAUCCACAAUCGAAUCCAUCAGAAAGAGUUAUGCGUGAGUUGGGUCGAUUUUUUAGAACAUAUUGUCAUGAAUACCACUCUAAUUGGCCACGAUAUGUCCCCUAUAUUGAAUGGGUAAUUAACAAUACUCUUCACGAAGCUACUGGAUUUACACCAAACGAAUUGUUUUGCCGUGAUAUAAAAUCAUCUCCUAUAAAGAAAAUAAUACAGUUUCCUCCAGGUUCAGACUUAUCCAAAGAACAGAAAUAUAUAAUGGCCCGUGAAAUGCAACUUUACAAAUCAAAUCAACGAAAACUGCGUCACGAUCGUACAAGGCCCUGCUAUUUCCUUUAA